GCAGACUGACGGAGCGCCGUCCCGCCCCUCUCCUCUGCCUCCUCUUCCUCCUCCUCUUCUUGGCUUGACGCCCUCCUUCCACACCGGGCUCCAAUGGAGGCCGUCAGCGGCUGAAGGCAGUCCGAAGCAGGGAGGAGGUCCCCUCCUGCAGAAGGCAGCAAAGGAAAGAGGAGAGAGAGAGGAGGCAAGCGUUAGGACUCGGGGGGAAUCGCUCUCUCUCUCUCUCUCUCUCUCUCCGUGUGUCCUCCUGUUCCUCCUGCUCUCCUCUCACUCCGCUGCCGCUCGCCUUCUUUCCUCAGAGCAGCAGGGGAAGCAAGCGGGCUGAGCGCCCCACUCUCGCCAUGCCAGGGACGGUGGGCAGGCGCCACCAGACAGGGCUCCGCCGCGACCAUCACCGCCCCCUCCCUCAGCGCCGCCACCCUGGGAAGACGGGGAUGUGAGCUCCCUUUGGACCCAAAAGCAUGCCUAGGGUUGCCACGCUGCUGGCCACCCUUUUGCAGCUGUUGCAAAGCGCCGGGGCGCAGGGCUUCGCAGGCGGUUGUUCCUUUGAUGAACACUACAGUAACUGUGGUUAUAGCGUGGCACUGGGGACCAAUGGAUUUACUUGGGAACAGAUUAAUACCUGGGAGAAACCGACAAUGGAUCCAGCUGUUCCAACUGGGUCCUUCAUGAUGGUGAAUAGUUCUGGGAGAGCAUCUGGGCAAAAAGCUCACUUGCUUUUACCAACACUGAAGGAAAAUGACACCCAUUGCAUUGACUUCCAUUAUUACCUGUCCAGCCGAGACCGUUCCAGCCCAGGAUCAUUGAAUGUUUAUGUGAAAGUUAAUGGUGGUCCUCAAGGCAACCCUAUCUGGAAUGUCUCUGGGAUUGUUACAGAAGGUUGGGUGAAAGCAGAACUUGCAAUCAGCACAUUCUGGCCACACUUUUAUCAGGUGAUAUUUGAAGCAGUUUCAUUGAAGGGCCAUCCUGGGUACAUAGCUGUGGACGAAGUCAGAGUCCUUGCCCAUCCAUGCAGAAAAGCUCCUCACUUCCUGCGGCUUCAAAACGUGGAGGUUAAUGUUGGACAGAAUGCAACAUUUCAGUGUAUUGCCGGAGGAAAGUGGUCUCAACAUGACAAAUUGUGGCUACAGCAAUGGAAUGGCAGAGAUACAGCUUUAAUGGUCACCAGAGUAGUCAACCACAGACGUUUUUCUGCAACUGUCAGUGUAGCUGACACUUCCCAACGGAGCAUCAGUAAAUACCGAUGUGUCAUCCGCUCAGAUGGUGGAUCAGGAGUUUCAAACUAUGCAGAAUUAAUAGUGAAAGAGCCUCCUACUCCUAUUGCACCCCCUGAACUUCUAGCAGUUGGAGCCACAUAUUUGUGGAUCAAACCAAAUGCCAACUCUAUCAUUGGCGAUGGGCCUAUUAUCCUGAAAGAGGUAGAAUACCGUACAACCAAUGGGAACUGGGCCGAAACCCAUAUUGUUGAUUCACCCAAUUACAAGUUAUGGCAUCUGGACCCAGAUGUGGAGUAUGAGAUUAGAGUGCUUCUUACCCGUCCUGGAGAAGGAGGAACUGGGCCUCCUGGACCUCCGCUCACAACAAGAACAAAAUGUGCAGAUCCAGUGCAUGGCCCCCAGAAUGUGGAAGUUGUUGACAUCCGAUCCCGACAGCUGACCUUGCAAUGGGAGCCCUUUGGUUAUGCCGUGACUCGUUGCCACAGCUAUAACUUGACUGUUCAUUACCAGUAUGUAUUCAACCAGCAGAAGUAUGAGGCAGAGGAACUAAUUCAGACAUCAUCACAUUAUACUUUGAGAGGACUAAGACCAUUCAUGACCAUUCGGCUAAGACUGGCUCUUUCAAAUCCAGAGGGCAAGAUGGAGAGUGAAGAACUGGUAGUGCAGACUGAAGAGGAUGUUCCUGGAUCUGUCCCCCUUGAGUCCAUUCAAGGAGGACCCUUUGAAGAGAAGAUAUAUGUUCAGUGGAAGCCACCAAAUGAAACAAAUGGGAUAAUUACACUCUAUGAGAUUACAUACAAGGCUGUUGGAUCUCUUGAUCCCACCGCUGACCUGUCAAACCAAAGAGGAAAGGUCUUCAAACUAAGAAAUGAAACUCACCAUCUGUUUGUGGGGUUAUAUCCAGGAACCACAUAUUCAUUCACCAUCAAAGCCAGCACAGUGAAAGGGUUUGGACCUCCCAUCACCACACGGAUUGCAACUAAAAUUUCAGCACCAUCAAUGCCUGAAUAUGAUACAGAUUCGCCUUUGAAUGAAACCGAGACCACCAUCACAGUCAUGCUGAAGCCAGCACAGUCUCGUGGUGCACCGGUCAGUAUUUACCAGCUUGUUGUUAAAGAAGAAAGGCCACAGAAGUCACGAAGAGCUGCAGACAUCAUUGAAUGUUUCUCUGUCCCUGUGAGCUUCAGAAAUGCUUCAAACCAUGACUCUCCCCAUUACUUUGCUGCUGAGCUGAAACCAGUCAACCUCCCUGUCACACAGCCCUUCACUGUGGGAGACAACAAAACGUACAAUGGCUAUUGGAAUGCUCCACUUUCACCACUGAAAAGCUACAGCAUUUACUUUCAGGCUCUCAGUAAAGCAAAUGGGGAGACUAAAAUCAACUGUGUCCGAUUGGCCACAAAAGCAGUAAUAAGUAGGCAACAGGUGACCACCCGAAAUCCGCCCAGCCUCAUGAGCACAGGAGCUUCUACACAGAACUCCAAUGCAGUAGAGCCAGAAAAGCAAGUCGACAAUACAGUGAAGAUGGCAGGAGUCAUAGCUGGUCUUCUGAUGUUUGUAAUUAUCCUUUUGGGGGCAAUGCUUACAAUCAAGAGGAGAAGAAAUGCAUAUUCGUACUCCUAUUACUUGAAACUAGCAAAGAAGCAAAAGGAAACCCAGAGCAGCACUCAACGAGAAAUGGGACCUGUGGCUGCUUCCGACAAGACUUCUGCAAAACUCAGUGCUGUUCAUAAUGAAGAAGCAUUCACUUCAAGCUGCCAAGAUGUCAAUGGCUUCACACCAUCCUCUCCUUGUUCAUUUUCUGUCCAAAGCAAAACCCUCAGAGCAAAUCUCUGUGAAUUCCUACUACUCCCAGUAUCAUCAGACACUGUUCCACGUCACGACACACUGUUAGACAAUAGCCAUGGGGAGAUGACUCAGCCGACACUGACAAUCCAGACCCAUCCCUAUCGAAGCUGUGACCCAGUGGAAAUGUCCUACCCAAGGGGGCAGUUCCAGCCAGCAAUCCGAGUGGCCGACUUGUUGCAGCACAUCACUCAGAUGAAACGGGGACAGGGCUAUGGAUUUAAAGAGGAGUAUGAGGCUCUACCCGAGGGGCAGACAGCGUCUUGGGAUACAGCCAAAGAAGAUGAAAACCGCAAUAAGAAUAGAUAUGGCAACAUCAUCUCCUAUGAUCACUCAAGGGUAAGGCUGCAGUUACUGGACGGAGAUCCUCAUUCAGACUACAUAAAUGCCAAUUACAUAGAUGGAUACCAUCGGCCUCACCAUUACAUUGCAACACAAGGACCAAUGCAAGAGACAGUGAAGGAUUUUUGGAGGAUGGUCUGGCAAGAGAACUCUGCAAGUGUUGUCAUGGUCACCAACCUAGUGGAAGUUGGCAGGGUGAAGUGUGUCAGAUACUGGCCUGAUGAUACAGAAGUAUAUGGAGACAUCAAAGUCACUUUAAUUGAGACAGAGCCAUUGGCAGAGUAUGUCAUACGCACUUUUACUGUCCAAAAGAAAGGCUACCAUGAAAUCCGAGAGAUUCGGCAGUUCCAUUUCACCAGCUGGCCAGAUCAUGGGGUUCCUUGUUAUGCCACAGGCCUCUUGGGCUUUGUUCGACAAGUGAAGUUUCUAAAUCCACCGGAGGCAGGACCUAUUGUUGUGCACUGCAGUGCUGGUGCUGGGAGGACAGGGUGCUUUAUUGCCAUUGACAUCAUGCUGGACAUGGCAGAGAAUGAAGGUGUAGUGGACAUAUUUAACUGUGUGAGGGAGCUGCGAUCCCAGAGGGUCAACUUGGUGCAGACAGAGGAGCAAUAUGUAUUUGUUCAUGAUGCCAUUCUGGAAGCAUGUCUUUGUGGCAACACAGCCAUCCCUGUUUGUGAAUUCAGAUCCAUCUAUUACAACAUCAGCAGACUGGAUCCACAGACAAAUUCCAGCCAGAUAAAAGAUGAAUUUCAGACCCUUAAUAUAGUUACACCUCGAGUACGACCAGAAGAUUGCAGCAUUGGACUCUUACCAAGGAACCAUGACAAGAACCGCUGUAUGGAUGUACUCCCUUUGGAUCGGUGCCUCCCCUUCCUUAUCUCCGUUGAUGGAGAAUCAAGCAACUACAUUAAUGCUGCUCUCAUGGAUAGCCACAAGCAACCAGCUGCCUUUAUAGUUACCCAACAUCCAUUGCCCAACACUGUAGCAGACUUCUGGAGACUGGUGUUUGAUUAUAACUGUUCCUCCAUCGUGAUGCUGAAUGAAAUGGAUGCUGCACAACUCUGUAUGCAGUACUGGCCAGAAAAAACAUCCUGUUGUUAUGGGCCAAUCCAAGUAGAAUUUGUAUCUGCUGACAUAGAUGAGGACAUUAUCAAUAGGAUAUUUCGGAUCUGCAACAUGGCAAGGCCACAAGAUGGGUACCGUAUUGUUCAGCAUUUGCAGUAUAUUGGCUGGCCAGCAUAUAGAGAUGUUCCGCCUUCCAAGCGUUCUCUUCUGAAAGUGGUUAGGAGGCUGGAGAAGUGGCAGGAGCAGUAUGAUGGACGAGAUGGACGGACAGUAGUUCAUUGCCUGAAUGGUGGUGGCCGCAGUGGCACCUUCUGUGCCAUAUGCAGUGUAUGUGAAAUGAUCCAACAGCAAAACAUCAUUGAUGUGUUUCACAUAGUGAAAACUUUACGGAACAACAAAUCUAACAUGGUGGAGACACUGGAACAAUAUAAAUUUGUAUAUGAGGUUGCACUGGAAUAUUUGAGUUCAUUUUAGCCUGUGAGGGCAGGGAGCCUGCUGAAUUUCAAAAGCCUUGAUGUUUGAAGGACACCAGUCCCCUCCCCUUACUUCAAAGGACUAGUGAGAUGAAGAGUAUAAAGUUCUUCACUGUUGAGUGAAAGACCUGGUCAGAUCUCAGUGCCAUUGGGAGGAGGAGGGAUGUACUGCUAUAUGCCUUCCAGAAGAUCUCUUGCUUUUUAAACAAUCAACUGUAUGAACUGGUAAAGCAAGAGCCAGACUGGAAAAUUCUGCUUUCUAAUCCCCUCUGACUGCUUCUCUGCCAUUUUGGAUGUGCAUUUUUGUUUUUCCUUGAUACAAAUGAGAAUGGGGGAAAAUACUUGGAUAAUCCUUCAUCUUUCAGCUCUACUUUCUGUUUCCCCCCCACAAAUCCUCACUUUAUGUUUUUAAUUUCAUCUAUCAGCCAUUUGGCAAAGGAGGAAAGCUUCAGUAGACACAUAUUAAAGCUUUCAGCACACUAAGCCUUUGUGAUCAGUUUCUCAAAUGAAAAGGCCACUGUCAUGAAGCUGUAAAUUCCUGCCUGCUCCCAUUGUCUCAGAAGCAGGCGAUUGAGCUAAGAAGCUGCUGGUUAAUUUUCUGCCUUGGUUGUUACACAAUGCUAGUAGAUUUCCAAUGUUCUGCAUGGGUUGGUUACAUCUUAAUGAUUCAUAUCAACUGCAGCAUUUCAGAAGCAGUCCUGUAAAUUUGUACCUCCUAGCCAACCGAAAAUUAGAACACCCUAAAAUUGCCAUCAUCUUUCCUAAAUUGUUCUUUGGUUUGGACUGAAGUUAAUUUCAUGUUACCAUAAGUAUUUGUUUGUGUGCAGUGUUUCUCUUAAAGCUGGUUGAAAUGAAAGGAAUGGCUUAUAAACCUGCUGGGUUAUAAGUAUAUUGCAGUAAACUUAUCGUGGAGGUUGUUGCCAUCAUCUAUUCAGUCUUUAUUGUAAAGACAGGUUCUGCCAUGCAAGAAGUGAAGGUCAAGAUGGUAGGCUUAUUACAGACAUGAUUAAUAGACACUGAUCUGAUAAGAUUGAAUGAUGGUUUACACCUUGUGAUGAAUAGUAUUUUUAUGAAAAAGUAUGUAUUUAUUUUGAAUUUGAAGAACAGUCAAGUUGACCUUUGCAAGUUAGAUUUGCCAAUCAUAUUUGCCCAAACAAGGAACACGAUAGAGUUGUAAGUAUCUGAUCUUGAAACCGGAGAAGAGAGAUGGAUGUUCUUUGUCAUAGUCACUGCCUAAAAUAAAGAAUGGCUUACAUAUUUGUUAUCCAACAUCUAUCCAAACAAUGCACUUCCUAAUUGGUAUAUGGCAAAAUGAUACUUAUGCCUCUUAACAGUAACAAAAGCAAUGAACACUUUGUUUUCCCACUUAUUUGAAAACCAGCUGAAGCAUGCCAAGAGGCCCACACUUUUCAUCUCCCAAAUUAAGAACUGCUUUGCCUUUCAAAAUGAGAUGAUCCAGGUAGGCAUUUGAAAGCACAUUGGUAUACUGCAGGAAAGGAUCAACAUUAUAUUCUGCAGAUUUUCUUUGAAAUCUUAGAAAGCAGUUCUUGGAAAUGAAUACCAGCAAAUUCUGCCAUGUUGACUCAGGUCAACAGUGAUAUUUUGAAGCUGUACAAUCAUAUAUACACUGGGUAGUACAAAAUGCCUCUUUCAUUGUAGACUGUGUGCCCUGCUGAAACAAUAUAGCUAUUACAAUUUUAUACAGUUAUCCAUCAUUAAUUAGUCUUCCUCUUUCUUUGAAAAGGUGUGGAAAGGGGGCCAAUAUGUUAUAGCCCUCUUAUUCAGCCCAAUUCAUCAUGGUUAUUAGAGCUGGAUCUGUGCAGCAUUAGAAUCCCGGAUCAGAUUGGCUGCUCUACAAGAUCCAAUGGCUCAAACUUGGCACACAACAAAUAUAACUAGCUGAAAGGUAAUCUUGACCUCCCGGAAUCCUUCAACUGUGUCAGCUUAUCAUGAGCCAGGUUUUUGGUCACCACCACAGAUGUGGUAUGACUGUUUCUUAACAAUACUUCCUUUCCAAAUGGAAAUGAGACCCUACCUGCAUAAGCAGAGUGUUUAAUUUUUGCAGUACAGAUCACCAUUGCUAAUCCACAUGAAAUCAACAUAAUAGUUUAUUACACCCCCAUUUGAAAGCACAAGUUUCUGUAAACAUUUAAACAUAUCUGUUCAUACAUCUUUAAACAGAUGUAUACAUUUUAGCCCUGAAUUUCUGAAUAAGAAACAACUAAAUAGCUGGUAUGGGUGUUGCUGCUUUGCUUGGCUUGCUCAUUUCAGUUUCAUGUCAUGGGAAUAGGCUUGCACUUUUAACAGUUGUAUUUCAUAUAGGUCUCUACUGUUGUACUUCUACCCUCUGGUCAUUUUAUUAAUAGUCAGGCACGCAAGACCUAAAACGUAUUGGUUUAGGGCAUUUGAAAUAUAGUGUUAAUUUCUUUAAUUAUUUUUUAAAUUAAAGAGUAAAGCAGUGAUAGUUGCAAGACAUCUUAAUUUAGAAGACACUUUUAAUUAGUAAUCCUUUUGCUCCCAGGACAUAUUUUUUCAAGUUCGUGGAAGGAUAAAAUCAUUAAAUCCUAGUGAAACAAUCUAAGCCUAAAAUAACUCAGAAGUAGCUACAGAAUUUGUAGCAUCCACAGCUAGGAAUGAAAUCUUCCUGGAAAUGCUAAAUGUUUUCACAAAAAAU